AUGGGCAUGACCGCCGAGUCCUUCAAGCGCCGCGACGAGACCGAGGCCAACAAGCACAACAAGUACAACCAGACCAUGAAGGGCCGCCACUUGCACAUGAUUGCCAUUGGUGGUUCCAUCGGUGCUGGCCUCUUCGUCGGUACCGGCUCUGCCCUGCGCAGAGGUGGUCCCGCCUCGCUCAUUGUCGACUACAGCAUCAUCGGUGUCAUGAUGUUCAACGUCGUCUUCGCUCUCGGUGAAAUGGCUCUCAUGUACCCCGUCUCUGGUGGCUUCUACACUCUGGUUACUCGCUUCGUUGAUCCGUCUUGGGGCUUUGCCAUGGGCUGGAACUACUUCCUUCAAUGGGCCGUCAUUCUACCGUUCGAAAUCGUCGUCGCAUCCUUCACUAUAAAUUACUGGACAGAGGGCAGCGUCAGCCCGGCAAUCUUCAUGGCCGUAUUCCUUGUCGCACUGACCUUCAUCUGCUGUUUCGGCGCUCUCGGCUACGCAGAGGAGGAGUUCUGGUCCAGUUUCCUGAAGCUGAGUGCCAUCGUCACCUUCCUCAUCAUCGGCGUAGUCCUUGUCUGUGGUGGCGGCCCUGACACCGGUCGGUACAAUGAGUUCUGGGGCAACCGGUACUUCCAGGACAAUGGCGGCUUUAAGAACGGCUUCCAGGGCUUCUGCUCCGUCUUUGUUACAGCUGCUUUUGCGUUCGCCGGCACUGAGCUCAUUGGUCUUGCUGCCUCCGAGUCCAAGACACCCCUACUCACUCUUCCAUCUGCCUGCAAGCAAGUCUUCUGGCGUGUUACCCUGUUCUACAUCCUCUCGCUCACCUUUGUCGGUCUACUCAUCUCCGCCGAUGACCCGGACCUUAUUGGUGGCAACGCCUUUGCCAACUCCCAGGCCUCUCCCUUUGUGCUCGUUGGCAAAUACGCUGGCCUUUUCGGCUAUGAUCACUUCAUGAACGUGGUCAUCAUGAUCUCCGUCAUUUCAAUCGGUCUGUCUGGUGUCUAUGGUGGCAGCCGUACUCUGACUGCCCUGGCCGAGCAGGGUUAUGCGCCCAAGUUCUUCGACUACAUUGACAAAACCGGCCGCCCCCUUUACUCCACCAUCCUUAUCCUAGUCUUGGGCCUGCUUGCCUUUGCCGGUGUCGACCCAGUCAAUGGUGUUGAGCUGUUUGACUGGCUCCUCGCCCUCUCCGGCCUUGCCGCGCUCUUCACCUGGGGCUCCAUAUGCCUCGCCCACAUCCGCUUCCGCAUGGCGUGGAAGCGCCAGGGCCACACCCUCGACGAGCUGCCCUUCCACGCGGCUCUGGGCGUCACCGGCUCCUACAUCGGCCUCGGCCUCUGCAUCCUCGUCUUCAUCGCCCAGAUGUAUGUCGCCAUCUGCCCCGUCGGCGGCGGUGACGACGGCUCCAUCUACAACUCCCCCGAGGGCUUCUUCAAGACCUGCCUCGCGUUCCCCGUCGUCAUCUUCUUCUGGGUCGCUGGCUACAUCUGGAAGCGCCCAACCUUCCUCACCAUUGACAAGAUCGAUGUCGACUCGGGCCGCCGCGACAUUGACUGGGCUCUGCACAGGCAGAUCCAGGAGAAGCGCGCCAACGCCAGCUUCUUCAUGAAGAUCAUCUACAAGCUCUUCUAAGCUGGUGUGUGAGGCUAGGCCUCCACUGGAGGGAAAAGUCUCUUGCAUGUCUGCGGAUUGGCGCAAAGCUUUUGUGUCGUCGAGCUGUGUGCUUUGGAUUUUAUGGUGGAAUGAUGAUUGUGGUUUUGUUCCGUGCGGAGUUGCACGCAGGUCCGGCCGCACUGGGCGCUUAAUACUGUUUCCUGGUACUAGAUAUCCCCG